AUGGCCUUGGAUUUUGGAUUCGUUGAAGUGCUGGAUCUGAUGAGCGAUUACACUAAUCUUCCAACAGUCUCGGAAAUACCGGAAAAGUCUCCCAGUUUGUACUACGAGAAAGCAGAAGCAUUGAAAAAAUACUGCACCCCAGAUUUCCUUGGCGAUCCAGAAGCUAAAUCAUAUCCGAAAUUCAUUGACUGGUGCAAUUACAUUUCCCGCUUCAGAACCUGCGCAAUUGCACCUCACCCAAGUGAAUUCUCACGUACUGUCGCAAAUACCACCGCGCCUCCAAGUGUCUCAUCAGCAACGGAGAGCUUGAUAGCCGAAAAUGACUCCAACGCUGCUGGUUGCUACGACGACUACUUUUGUGAAGGUCCUUCUAAUGGAGGCCUUCUCUUCAUAGUAUAUGGGGUGGUUUUUAGUCUCCUCUGCUCCGCAGGUCUUCUUUUAAACCUCGCCUGUAUAGUGGGGUUCAACAGGGCAACCAACCGUUCUGGAGCUACUCUCUACUUUUCAGUCAUAGCUGUGCUCGAUUGUGUCUACUCGGGUAUCAUUUUGAUAAUCAGGGCAUCGGUGCAUUUGAGUGAUGUCAGCUAUGCAGGGCAGGAAAAGGCCUAUGCCGAGCGGGCGGCCUACUUCGUUCCUGGCGCUGUGCCUUUGCUGGUUUGGCUAGUGGUUUGUCUGCUAGUCGAGAGAUAUCUAUACCUUCAUCGCGGAUAUUUUUCCAAAUCAGUCACCUCGCUUCAACGCCACGUUCGCAUCGUCUAUGUCGUCACUUUUCUUGCCUUCUGCUACAUCAUUCCACGUUUUUUUGAGCUGAAGAGUGAGAAGAACCCCAAAAUUCCCGGAGGUUAUCGUGUUAUCUGCACUGAAUUCGGCACUUUAAAAGUCUACAGGAGCCUUGUGGACUACCUGCUGAACGUCCCUCUGGAAAUGUUUCUUCCUUAUCUUGCAGUAGGACUGUUGACAAGCCUUGCAGUCUCCAAGAUGGUCGACCUCGGCUCAUCAAAAUGGAAAACUGUCGCAAGUCUCUGUUCACAGUCCGCCUAUUGCUGCUGUGGUGAUGAUUUUGCCAAUUGCUAUCCUAUGGUCCGACCCGAGCGUAAGCGCAGUGUUGACCAGGUAGAUGUCAUCCCAAUGGAUUAUGUGGAUGCAAUCCCCAGCCCUCCACGUCUGUCUGCCUUUGAGGAGACUUGUGGAACACAAAUCUACUAUUGCGGCAUUCCCUUCGAGAAGCGCUCUGAUCUAAUGCCCUUCUAUUUCCUCGUCCCUCCGCCUCGCCAAAAUCUGAAGGAAACAGCUAACGUAGUUAUUACAGUGUGUCUGGGUUUCCUUCUACUCAUAACCAAGAUUCCAAAACUUAUUCUGGUGGCAUUGGAGCUGGAGCGCUACGUAGACAUGAACCCAGCCUUUACCCGAAUGGCUAGCGAGUGCCUUAACAUUGCGUUCAUUGUGUUAAAGCCACCGAUUUACCUUAUCCUUGGUGUGCAUUUUCGACAUGCACUAACGGGUCUGUGCUGCUGUGCAUGCCUCUACGCACCCGUGAUUAGUAAAGGCAAUCAUGAGGUUCAGAAUGAAGAGGGUGGUGAUGACGGUGAUGGCGACCGUGGUGGAGGAUUCAAUGAGCUCUCGAAGACAUCUCCUGACUGGCAAGGCGAGGAUUUUACUACUGAGCCAGAGAAGGGUGGAUCAGUUAGCAAAUGA